GUGCCAACCCAUAAGCAGCAGAGAGAGAGAGAGAGAGAGAGAGAGAGAGAGAGAGAGAGAGAGUCUCAUUUUGCAGCAGCUUCAACACAAUGCUGAGGUUUCACCAAAGUCGCCCACUUUGGAGGGCUCCAAAAGCUCCUUUUAGUAGGAUCAUCUUCUUGCUGGUUUUGGGUUACACUGUUGACAGCCAGCCCCGCUGCUACCAUACCAAAGUGAAUUCUCUGCUGGUGGCCAAUUGCCAAGCUCAAAGGCACAAGGAAGUCCCUGAAACGGACCGCUCCCUUCAGGUCCUCUUGCUGAACUUCAACUUCUUAUCCAACAUCUUGGAUUCCUCCUUCUCCCAAAUGACAUCCCUGAGGAUGCUCUCUCUUGGGAAGCAACUGGGAGGAUCCCUCUAUGUCGGAGAAAGGGCCUUUCGGAAUGUGCCCAGCGUCACGAUCCUAGAUCUUGGUGGCAACAAGAACUUGACCUUGCACCCAGCUGCUUUCCGUGGCCUUUCCCAGCUCGAGGUGUUGCUCUUGGAUUUCAAUGGUUUUGAUGAAGAAGUACUGGAAAGAGGCUAUUUCCAGGAUUUGGUAUCGCUGAAGAGGCUGGAUCUUUCCGGAAACCGCAUCCGUAGGCUGAGGCCUGACCCGACUUUCCAGGGCCUGAGGAAGCUGAGCGUCCUUCAGCUGAAGCUCAACCAAAUCGGGGAGAUCUGUGGGGAAGACCUACAGCACCUCGGGGGGCACUAUUUGGCCUUACUUGACCUCUCGUCCAACCGACUGCUUAAUCCCAAUGCCUGCACCAACCCUUUCUUCAGCAUUGUGCUGGGAACUCUGGACGUCUCUUUGAACUCAUGGAACGCGGUGGAAGCUCAGAAGUUCUUCACACGACUAAAUGGCACUCGAAUCCGUAACCUCAAGAUGCAGCACUCAGCCGCCCUCGGCAGCGGGUUUGGUUUCCAUAACCUCAAGGGCAUCUCGGCUACCACCUUUAUUGGCCUCCGUGGCAGCGGAGUUUACUCCUUCGACCUGUCCAAUGGCUUCCUCAGGGAAUUGGGCCCAACUGUCUUCUCGGGGCUCCCAGACCUCAACAUCCUGCUGUUGAGAUCCAACCAGAUUACUGAGAUCCAGGAUGGGGCCUUCUCUGGGCUGAGCCAAUUACGUAUUCUCGACCUGUCCCACAAUCUGCUUGGAGAGUUGUACACAGAAGCCCUGCGACCCCUGAGGUCAUCCCCACUCCAGCACCUCAUCCUGAAGUCCAACCACCUUGGGAUUGUUCAACACGAUGCUCUGGUGGGGCUGAACUCCUUGCAAACCCUUGACCUCCGGGACAAUGCUCUCGUGAGGGUCCCGGCGGGGAAACUCCCAUCCCUUCUGCGCCUGAUGCUGGGGCAAAACAGGAUUGGGGAUGCCUGGGGUCUCGAACGUCUUAGCAGCAACCUGACCCACCUUGACUUCUCCUCCAACCGCCUGAGUGACUUAGGGAGUCUCUGGGGUCAACUAGGCAAAACCCCCACCUUGCGUUUCCUGAAUCUCUCAGGCAAUCAGCUGGCAAAGUGCUUCAGGGCUGAGAGAGGCCCCAGGCAGCUCAGAGAACUAGAUAUUUCCCAUAAUGACCUGGGAAACAUUUGGAAAACAGAAAACUGUGUGCACAUCUUCCAGCAUUUGGAGAAGCUUAGAGUCCUCAAUCUCAGCUCCAAUGGGCUUCGGGCCCUGCCUGAGGGACUUUUCCAGGGUCUGUUGUCUCUCCAGACUCUGAAUCUCUCUGCCAACCUCCUGCCCAUGAUUCCUGAGGAGGCAUUCCUCAGCUUGAAAUCCUUGCGCAGCCUCAGCCUCCAUGGGAACCCCAUAGUGACCCUCUCCCACUCUACAUUUGAGCCGCUGAUGCAGCUGCAGUCAUUGGACCUGAGCGAGUUGUCCUUGCUGUGCGACUGUGGGCUUUCUGACUUCCAGAGUCUGAUGCAGGACAAAGACUCGAGGCUGAGUGGAGCUGUGGCCAAUCUCCUGUGCAUUCAGACCAGCCCUGAUUUCCUGCAUCUCUCCUUGUCCUGGUUCCUCCAGAGCAAGUGUGCACAAUAACAUGUUACGACCCAAUAUGGGGAUUGGGAUGGAGAACAAAACCUUAUCCCACAGGAUCCGGGAUGCCAUCAAGCUGCACAGCAGUGCCAAAAUCUGUGUUCCAGUUAUCAAAAUAAUAAUAAUAAUAAUAAUAAUAAUAAUAAUAAUAAUAAUAAUAAUAAUAACAACAAAUGCCUCAUUGUUGUCCUUUUCGCAUGCGUGGGAACAUCCAUUCGGUAGGCCCAUAAUCUCCGUGUAUUCAAGUAGCAAAGCCCAAUUUGCUGACGUUUCGUAACUCACACCCCCAAGCUGGCUUUUUUUAUUUUUUGUUUCCGGCAUGUGUAAGCAAAACAAGCCAAACACACACACACACAGAGGCAAAUGCUGUGUGAUUGCAGACCCUCCAAAUGUCCCGAUUUUCCAGGGACAGUCCUGGAAGUGAGUCUACCCUCCUACUCCCUGCUGUCAAAACUGCCCAUUCCAAUUCCCUAUCCCUUUGGUUCCUAAGCCCUAAACGACUUAGGUCCAAAGUAUGUGAGAGACAUCCUUUCCUAGAGAUCCUACCUAUCAGUUCUUGGUAGUUCCUCCACCCUCAGCAGUUUUGGGGUGUGGGUGUGUGAUGAUUAAAAUGCAUUUUGUAUCCUUAAACAUGGUUUUGGUAGCUGAUAACCCUAAGAAGCAGAAGCUCUAGAGCCAACUUGUGGAUUUGGCAACCUAGCAAGUUAAGUAAUCUACUAUUUAUUUAUUUAUUUAUUUUAUUUACCUAUUAAAUUUAUAUAACGCCCUUCAUCUGAGGAUCACAGGGUGGCUUACAGUAUAAUAACACAAAAAUACGUAACAUAGUAAGGUUUGAGCAAUGUUUUUUGUUUUGUUUUUUUAAAAAAGAGGUGUA